GAAAUGUAGCUGCUGAAGAAGUAAUCUCGCCUCAGCUUCGACAGGGUGCUCUUCCGACUCGGAAGGGAGAAAGAAGAAGGUAGUAAGAAAGUAUUGCAGAAAGGGCGACAGACUCAGUGACCACGUCGUAAUAAACCGGCGAGAGAGUGAAUGUGAAGUCGCAGAGUGACCAUCGCGAACACGGAGUAGGGGAAUAAAAGCGCGCUGUAUCUGCCAGUGAAGCCAGACUCUCCGGCGUCGUCCGCGCGGGGACUACAUCGUCUCCGUAUAGACCACUCUACCUUCGCCUAUCCAAAGAAUAGGAAAAAUGGCGAAACUCUGUGAAGCUUACGCGUUCGUGCUCCUGAUGGCGUGUAUCUCUACGGACGUGCUGCUUGUGCACGCUGCGCCCCAAGAAAACUUCGGACUUGGCGCCCUGUUGAAACCUAUCUCAAAAUCAAGAUCAAACCCUGAACUGUCCACGAGUUCACCAUCCGGCGACGCCACCCGCUACCUGAACUCAUCCGCAAAAGUUAUCGACUCAGUUCUUCCCGGGAAGUUCGCCGAGACACUGCUGCCCAAGUUUGACGAUAAGAAAGACAAGGUGUGCUACGAGUUCGUGGGCUGCUUCACCAACCGGGACAGGUUCACACACCCGACUUCGUUUCCCAGCGAUCCGGAGCGGGUGGACACCAAGUUCAUGCUUUACUCGCGCUCCAACCGGCGCUCACCCGUGCAGCUGGACUACCGGCCCACCAAGAGCAUCGGUAACCUCGCCCAGUUAAGUCAGCGCAAGCCUCUUAAGCUCAUCGUGCACGGCUUCCUCGAGAGUAGCAAAUUCCGCUGGAUCCAGGACCUCAAGGACGCAUUUCUGGACGAGGAGGACUGCAACGUAAUAAUCAUCGACUGGAGCGGCGGAUCCCAGCAGCUUAGCUAUAUCAAGGCAUCGGGCAACACUGCGCUCGUGGGCCGCGAAACAUCGCUGCUCGUGCAACGACUCAUCGGCACCUACCACAACACGCUUAGCAAGGAUCAGGUGCACAUCGUGGGCUUCAGCCUGGGAGGCCAAAUCGCGGGCUUCUUCGGCAGACACUUCAAAAACAGCACCGGUCAACUCAUCUCGCGCAUCACAGCUCUGGAUCCUGCCGGACCACUGUUUGACAACACAAGCGUCUGCCUGUCCGAAAGUGACGCCCACUACGUCGACGCAAUUCACACAAGCGGCGGCAUGCAGAUAGUGGCCGGCGAACUAGGCAUCGAUAGGCCAGUCGGCCACGUCGACUUCUACCCCAACGGUGGCCAGAAGCAACCAGGGUGCAAGCCGCUCGAUUUGCCAUGCGACCACAUGCGAGCUACUGCCUACUUCCUCGAGUCCAUCCGCAACAAGCAGUGUCGCUUCCUGUCCAACUUUUGUGGCGGAGGCUUCCCCGCACUGGAGCGUAAUAGGUGUCAGUCAGGCGGAGAGGGGGGCCUCAUGGGUUAUUACAGUCACACGGCGCCAGGAAGAGGCGUUCAGUUCCUCACCACCAAUGACAAGCCCCAAUACUGCAAGACAUAAAGCGAUCCCUUCCAGUUGUCAUAUUAAAAGCGAAGCAUUUGUUUGCGAACUUCGGCUA